AUGUUCAUUAGCACAGUUGAAUAUAUUGUGGAAUAUAAUUAUGAUGCUGUACAUGAUGAUGAGAUAACCAUUCGAGUUGGUGAAAUCAUAAGGAAUGUGAAAAAGCUUGAAGAAGAAGGAUGGCUAGAAGGAGAACUAAAUGGAAAAAGGGGCAUGUUCCCUGAUAACUUUGUUAAGGAAGUUAAGAGAGAAACUGAAUCUAAAGAAGAUGGUUUGCCAGUCAAAAGGGAAAGGCAUGGAAAUGUGGCCAACCUUGUUCAGCGUAUGAGUACUUACGGUUUUCCAACCGGAGCAUUCCAGCCUCAGGGCAAAGGCUUCAGAAGAAGGUCAAAAAAGCGUCCAUGUAAAGUUCUAUUUGAAUAUACUCCUCAGAAUGAGGAUGAGUUAGAACUGAAAGUAGGCGACAUUAUAGACAUGAAUGAAGAGGUGGAAGAAGGCUGGUGGAGUGGGACUUUAAAUGGCAAGACAGGCCUUUUUCCUUCUAACUUUGUAAAAGAACUAGAGGUAACAGAUGAUGGAGAAAUACAAGAAAGCUUAGAAGACACAGAAUCUGUUUUUCAUGGACCACAGUCUCCUGCAACCUCACCAGGAAAUGGUAGUGAGUCUCCACAAAUAGCACAACCAAAGAAAAUCAGAGGAGUUGGGUUUGGAGAUAUUUUCAAAGAAGGCUCAGUAAAACUUAAGCCGAGAUUGUCUAGUAAUGAUUCAGAAGAAAAAAAACAAGAUAAGCCAUUACCUAAUCUUCCAUCUGGACCAAAAGUAACCUCGCUCCCUGGCACAACAAAAUCAGAAAUGGCAACAGAAAUAGCAAAAGUAGAAAUGGAAAGCAAACAAAAACAUGAAUUUCUGCAAGGAUAUGCUCAUGGGGAAAAAAAUGAAGCCAGGAAGUACAAAGACACUGGGGAGGAAGGAUGGUGGAGAGGCUUUCUUAAUGGUAAAGAAGGAGUUUUUCCAGAUAACUUUGCAGUUCAGAUUCAUGAAUCUGAUAAAGAUUUCCCUAAGCCAAAGAAACCACCACCUCCUGCAAAAGGUCAAGGUUCUAAGGCUGAUCUUCUACCUGUGGAGAAGAAGUUUCCUCAUCUCAGGAAUGAAGAAAAAGAUGAAAAACCAGUGUUGGAUCAGAAGACAUCUAAACCAGUGGCUCCCCGAGUACCACCAAAAAAGCCUGUCCCUCCAAACAAGACUAACAGCCUAUUAAAAGCCGGGAUGUUACUUUCAAAAUGGCCAGAUAAGACAGUUUUGCAACCACCCGUUUCUAAGAUAAAUGGGGAAAUUGCAUCCUGGAGGCCAAAGUCUGAAAUUGAGCCAGCAGUGAAACCAAAGAUAGACUCUGAACAGUUACCAUUGAAAUCAAAAUCAGUAGAGGUAGACUCAGUCGCACUACGGAACUUGAAAGAAACAGAACUUUUAAGUUUUGAUGAUCUAACACCUACCUCAGAUAAUUUAUCACAUCCCACUGCAAAUAGACCAAAGAUGCCUGGCAGAAGACUUCCUACUCGCUUCAAUGGCAAGAAUCCUCCUGCUCAGACUCAAAACAUAGAAAAAAAUGUGAAGGUGCAUAAAGAGGAAGAAGAAAGUGCCAAAUUAAAAUUAUCUGAGGGUAAAAAGCCAUCAAAACUUAUUUCGCCAGUUCUGACUUCAUUACCACGACCAGGUUCUAUUGUAAUAAAUGCUGGAGAAGUGAAGCUCAGCCAGGAAACAGAUGAAGGGGAAAAACAUUCACUGGAAGAGCUAAGGUCUCAGAUCUUUGAUCUCUUGUUGACUGUAGAAAACUUGAGAAAAGAACAUGGGAAACAACUGGAAAAACUGAAAAAAGACUUGGAAGAAGAAAAGCAGAUGCGAAGCAACCUAGAGAUGGAAAUAGAAAAGCUCAAGAAAGCUGUCAUCACUACAUGAAAGACGCAUACUGUGGAUCCUUAAUGUGCCAGGAUUUCAGAAUCAGAAAUGAAAUUGACUUUUUAAAACCUCAAGCCAACGGAUGAUAGCAUUCCAUUAAAAAAAUCUGAAUAUAAUCUUAUUUAUAUUUUGUGAGCUAUGAGAAAAAAAUGGAUAGCUUUUUCAUUUGUUUCUUGCCAAUAUAGGAGAGGCCUUAUUUCUUACUGUGCAGUAUGGCAGGGUUUGCUUGAGAAUACUACUGAAUCUGUAUAAAAGAGGGGUUCUUAGUAUAUUUUUAUUGAAUAUACCCUAAUUUUAAGAGAUCUGUAUUAUAAACAAGGCAAUAUAACUUUGAAAAUAAACUGUAAAAUAUAUAGUAUAGGAGAGAGGAAAAUGGUAUAGUUUUGUACAGUUACUACUCUAUUCACCAUGCUAAAGGGAUUGUGGUGUUAAUCAUAUGCUGUUUUAUUGUUCAGGUCUUUUGAGUUUGUUCUCACUAUGAAGCAGAAGGAUUACCAAACCCUAGCACUAUGAUAUUGUAAUAUUUCCUUACCUGAGGAUUCAGAGUACAGUACUGUGAUUCUUGCACUAUAGAAUUUAUGGAAAGGAUCUAUAAUUAGGACACAUGGACACAUACAAACACAUGGAUACUUAAAAUAAAAAAAUCAAGGCAUAAAAUUGAGACAAUCCUAUAGUAUGACAUUUUUUCUAAUUACGGAAUGUGACAUGUUAAAUAUUCUCUUGAGUGUUUCAUUUCUUUUUACAAAUUAUAAUCUAACACUACAAUUUUAUCAGCUUUAAAAUGCUUUGCACUAAUAAUUGUAACAUUUUAAAAAUCUAUAACUUAAAACUUAUAACAAAAUGUUUAAAGCUGCCAGUUUUCUAAAUGCAGUCUUAAAAUAAGGGUAUAUCAUCUACAUAGUUGUUAAAGUAUUCAGUAAAUCAAUAAUAAGUUUUUAAAUCAAUAUUUGGCUUAUGCUUUAGAAUUCAAAUUGAAUUACUGUAUAUGUUGAACAAUGUUUCUUUGAGUCAUCUUGUUUAAGUUAUUUCUACAGCCUAAAAUCCAGGUUUUUUUCUGUAAAGAAAAAGCGAACUUCUUCAGUGCUCUGUUCAAGCCAAAGAUAAAAAUAUAAUUCAGCCCUUUUUUCUUCUAGCAUUGCUAUCCUAAAAUUUUAUAGAAAGAGGGAACUGUUUCAUGAAUGAUUUUAGGCUUGUUUUAAGAGAGUGAAAAGUUUUGAUGCCUUUGUCCUGUUUUAUAUGGCAUUAAUAUUUUGUCUUAUUUGGAUGUGAGCAAACCAUGUUGGUGUUCUUAACAUAAAAGAAUAAGAUUUCUAAUUCCAAGUAUAAAUCAGUGGAUGAAAAUUGGAAAUGAAAACAUAGGUGUAUAAAAUCAUGAUGACUGUUUGCUUACUAUAUGGAUACAGAGCUAAUAACAUAUCUAAUAUAUCACUUAAUGAUCAUCCUCUGUUGCCAGUUUUCCUUAAUAAUCAUAGUAAUAAAUAAUGUUCUCAGAUUAUUAACUUCUAGCUCAAGAUUCGUUUUAUACUAAUUUAUAAAGAGAUUAAUAAUUCUUGGCUUAAUAGACAAAAUAUUCAUUUGUGUGUUUAUUGGGCUCCUCAUUUUGCAGAGAAUUCAGAGCUGGGAGGGAUGUUUUGUCUUGAGCAGAUCUUUUGCAAGUAAUCCCCUGCAAAACUCAGUUGGGAGAAAGAGAAACAAGCCACCUUCUUCAACAAGCAUGGUGGACUGACAGACAAAAAAAUUGUCCAUCCUCCAAGAUACCUAAAGUACCAUUGUAUUUUGUUGCUGCUGUCCUAUCUAAAAAGUAGUCAGAAAACCUCCCCCCCCCUUUUUUUUUUUCUUUGUCAUAGGAAAAACAAGCUUUUUUAUUUCCUUGAAUAACAGCAGUUACACAUUCUAGGUGUCCUUUCAAAACCACAAUUUUGCAGAAUAGAAGCUUAGAAGCCACCUGCCUUUUCUCUCCCAAUGCUCAUUAAAGUAUUAUUUUUUUCAGUACACGAUAGCUUUUUGAAAGCAGCUUCAGCCCUGGCUUUCUAUUAUCUUUAACCUCCACCCCUCACUUCACAUUACAAAAUUGAGAAAGCAUGGGGAAUUUUAAAAUGUG